AUGACGAAUAGAAAUCUAGACGGACAAGAACCCCCAUCAAGUACAACAGGUAAGGUCCUAAUAGGCAGGACGGGUAAGGGACCAGUUGGAACCGUGAAGUGGAAGUCCAUCCCAAAAGGAAGGACUUCAAUUAAGGGACACCGGAACAAAUCAAACCCGUGUAGGGGUUCAGAUAGGAGACCCCCACCAGCAAGCCAAGUUAAGGGGCCCAAACAGUCCCCAACCGAAGUAGAAACUAAGGAGGCGGAACCCCCCGAGAUUGAAUCAGUAACAUCAACAACAGUCAGGAGCUAUCUAAUCCAAGUCGAGUAA